CAUUGCUAUCGAUCUUCAGCAAUGUUCAGCUCUAAGAAAACGGAUACAUCGUAUUUAUUAGAACAGUGAAGAUGGCACAAAAAGCCGUAACAACACCAGUACUUAGAUAUUUAUUAGGUGUAUGUGUCCCUUCAACUAAACAAAAUGCUGUUAAAAUACGCGUACGUCUUUCAGAUUUCGACAAAUAUCUUUCAAUGUAUUUCAGCAAAUAUGAAUUUAUUUAUGCUAUUGACCCUGAUAAACGUUGCAAAGUCGGCGAUACUGUGUUAAUACAAAAUUUACCAGAAAAACUGACUCGUAUUAUUACUCACAAGGUUACUGAUGUUGUUUUCCCAAUGGGUGAUAUAACUGAUCCUAUAACUGGUAAACCAGUUGUCGCAGGACGAUAUAGGCAGUUUAUUGACGAAGAUGCAAAAUUAUUUGGAGAAUUGGAAUCUGGGUUUAAAUACGAUGAAGCACCACCAAGAGGUACCAUGGAAGGCAUACGAGAUUUUACAGAUAAAGAGAUUAAUGUCAAGUAUAAUGAUGAUCCAAAAAAUAAUGAUGAUCCAUAUAUGGUAAAUCCGAAAUAAUUCGUAUAUUUUAAGUUUUUAAGUAAUCAAUAAAGACCUUACAUUAGAAGAAAUAA